AUGUCAAACCUUCUCCCUUUCUCCAACGUUCUCAGAAAUGCACCUCUGAGCUUUGCGUCCAGGACUAUCUGCUCAAGGGGUUUCCACAGCUCUCCAUUGGCCCUUCGUAAAGCCAGAUCAUCCCAACCAAUCGAAGAAGCCGUAGAAGACGAAGACAGCUUCGACAACGAUGAUCUAUUCUCGACGUCCUCGACCCCCGCGUUAAAAUACCAACUUGACAAAUCGGCUAUCCGACAAUCCAACGUAUCUACCAUCCUAAAACACUCGAAAUUACCUUCAAAGGAGAAGAAAAUAGAUAAAGUCUCCAUCCAAGCUUUGAGACAGGUCGUAGCGUGUAGCGAAGCUGAGGAAGCGGCGGAAUUGAAAAAGAUCGUCAGGGCUUGGAGAGUAGGUGGGUUGAAAGUUAGUAAAACAACGGCGAGGGAGAUUGUCGGUCGAUUGUGUAAUCUUGGUAAACCAGGGUUAGCUUCAGAGCUUGUAUCAAAUAGGAUACAUUACGGCCUACCAGACCUGGACCAACCCACACUCCUCAAGCUUCAUCACUCCCUCCUAUCCUCUUCCCUCCCUCCUCCUAACCUCCCCCCUACCCAACCCGUAUCCCCCACACUUGCCCUUCUCCGUCUGACUCUCGCCUCUCAGACAGAGGGAUCUACUCCCGAACAGAUAACUUCCAAUCUCGCCUCAUCGCCUAAGGGUAGGACGUGGAAACCCACCAAAGCCAUUGAAGGAUGGACGAACGAGGUAAAGGAGAAAUUGAAUGCCGCGGGUGGGGUCUGGGCGGAUGCUGCUAAGAAGAUACAAAUUGUUUAG